ACUGGAUGGAGUUUUGGUAGUCGGCGUUCGGAGUCGGGCAUGGUCCCGACGAGCUCGGAGGCAAGCAAGCAAGGUGCAAAGCCCCGCUUCAAGUCGGGUCAGUUUUUUGUGAUAAUGUGUGAUAUUGAUUCGGGUGCAGCAGGCCGGCGCGAUGCACGUGCAUAGGACGGAGGGGGUGAGGUGGGUGGUGAAGUGCAGCCAGACGGGCAGAGAACGGCGGCAACAGCGCGGCGGGCUCCUCAUCUCGCGAGAUCGAGCCAUGAGGUCGUCGGCAGCCGACUCCGACUCCGCCGACCCACCAGCGUCUGCAUCCCCGCCACCUCCGAGCCGAAACUUGGGCGAAAUCGUAUGCAGCCGGCUCGGCUGUUAAUGCCGCUCGUCGUGUCCGCGUCGCCCCAAUGGAUGCUGCCGAGGCCGCGGCCGCUGAAGCUGCAGCAUCGCCCCCGAGUGCAUCGCGCGCGCUUCGCCCUGUGACAGUGCCAUGUGGUGCGUGCCGGUGCCGUGCCCCCUGUGAGUGACUGCGAACGUCAACGUCAACGUCAGCCGCGACCGCGAUAGUCUCCACGACGGAAUGGCCAUCAACUUCUCCGCGUCGUUCGCGGCCUGUCUGGCGGCCGGCCUCAAGGUGCCCAGGCAGAUCAUGUACUGCAUCUCUCAAGAUACUGCCGCUCCUUACGUUUUAUACAAAGAUGGAAUGGAUCAAACUAGGAGUCAGUGGGGUGCUCAAGACGCAUAUCCGCCACCACAGCAAAGCACUUCCACCGGUGGAGGCGCCGGCAGCCCCCAACAAGCCUGUGGCCCCACUGUGCCGCUUGGAGUCGAAGCAGACGCCGUUCCUCCCAGAGACCAAAGUUUACCUUCCCCAGCUCCUUCUCCCUAUCCAGCCACUCAGGCAGAACCUCGUGAAGACGAAAUACAACCUGACCAACCCACAAUGGAUCUAGAACCUAGACCAGCGUCGCAGUGUUUUCCUACCGAUCUCCAACAGCAGCAAGCGUAUCAACAAUACGCUAGAGCGCCACCACCUGCAGCUCCCCCUCCUGUUCCACCACAUAUGUUAGGAGCUGGGAGUUUUUCAGCACUUCACUAUCUAAAACAACCCGGCGUUAUGUUGACGAGUCUUGGAUCAGAAGAAUUUCGUCUAAGGGAGCCUCCAAAACUAGGAAACGGCCAGCUGGACCAAUACCCUGGAAACAUGCAGGACUUGCGAUCGGCAAGCCUGCCGGACGUGAUUCAGCAGCAGCAGUCUAAUCUGAAGCCGAACAAAAACGGCCUCGGUGGCGAGCUAAGACUGUUCAAGUGUUUGACUUGCGGCAAAGACUUUAAGCAAAAAUCGACCCUCCUCCAGCACGAACGCAUCCACACCGACAGCAGGCCGUACGGGUGUCCCGAGUGCGGGAAGCGGUUUCGACAGCAAAGCCACCUAACGCAGCACCUCCGCAUCCAUGCCAACGAGAAGCCGUACGCGUGUGUGUACUGCGAGCGCACCUUCCGACAGCGAGCCAUCCUCAACCAGCACCUGCGAAUCCAUUCCGGUGAGAAGCCCUAUGAAUGCCCGGAGUGCGGGAAACACUUCCGCCAGAAGGCCAUCCUCAACCAGCACGUCCGCACACACCAAGAUGUAAGUCCUCAUCUGGUAUUCAAAAACGGUAUCAAUCCCACACUGUGGCCUCAAGAUGUUCCAUUUCCGCCGGACGAAGGCAAGGAAGAGGUUGCUUCAACUUAUGGCGAUGGUGAUACUAACAACUCUCAAAGUGAUAGAACUGGCUGCUUCUCGCCUAAUGGAGUUUCUGGCAAUCUUCAGUAUCCAGCAUAUUUUAAAGAUGCCAAAGGCAUGAACCAUUCUGUGUUCGGUUCAAGUACAAACUUUGGAGCGUUACAAUAUCUGAAGCAACAACAAUCUGGGAAAGUUUUACCCGACGUGAUACAACACGGGAGAUCAGCAGGAAUGCCAUUAUACGUUAGGUGUCCAAUUUGCCAAAAAGAAUUUAAACAAAAGUCGACUUUGUUACAACACGGGUGUAUACAUAUCGAAUCGAGGCCGUACCCUUGUCCAGAAUGUGGGAAAAGAUUUCGACAACAGUCGCAUUUAACGCAGCAUUUAAGAAUUCAUACGAACGAGAAACCGUAUGGUUGUGUUUACUGUGGAAGAAACUUUAGGCAAAGAACGAUUUUGAAUCAACAUCUGCGAAUACAUACUGGUGAAAAACCAUACAAGUGUGCGCAGUGUGGGAAAGAUUUUAGACAAAAAGCUAUAUUAGAUCAACACACGAGAACUCAUCAAGGUGAUCGACCAUUCUGUUGUCCAAUGCCAAACUGUCGAAGAAGAUUCGCGACCGAACCAGAAGUGAAAAAACACAUCGAUAACCAUAUGAAUCCUCACGCUGCAAAAACGAGACGAGAUUCGACUGGUUCCGAUGGAAAAUUAGCAAAUGGAAUGCUGCCAAGAGGACUGACGCCUACUACGGUGGUAAAACCAGAAUUAUAUUUCCCGCAGUGUUACGCACCGAGCUUCAACCCUCCAACAAGCGUAGCCCAAUUCCAAGCUGCGAAUCCAGAGUUCAAGCCGCCCAACGCUUUGCCAACUCAGUGACUAACGGCUAGCUGGCAACUGGGACCAUGUAUUGGGUGACCCUUUGCCAGUGUAUGGACUUAGCCCAAUGCUGUUACUUAAGUUUCCAGCUUAACGGACUGAUCUUACUAGUUAAGUUAUAUUUAUUGGUGAUUUCAAUAAAAUAUCGACAUGAUAUUUUGCUGAGUGAUUAUCACAUGGUGCUGAGAACCACAAGGUCUGGUUCACUGUAACAUACGGAAUGUAGCACAUACAUUAAUGCGAUAAGUAUACAUACUAUAAAUAUAUGUAAAAUGUAAAAGUAUUUUAAAUUUUAUCCAGAUCGUGUCCUGUUCACAUAGUGGCAAUACUUUUAAGAAAUAAGUACUUUAAAUGAAUAUAACUUUAUUGUUGUAGGUAGAUUUUACUCUUAUGUGAUCUCUUUAAUGUAAAUCGGCAAGAGAGAAUGAUAGAACUGUUUGACGGGUUCUAAUAACAUUUUCGCCGCGUAAUAGACUUUGGAAAAUAGAUUAAACCACUAACUGAUUCUUUUUAGUCAAAAAUAUGCAUUUAAUAAUUCACUUUAAGUAAUUCUUAGUGUUAAAAUUUUGAUCUCUUAAAUUUAUACUUUAAUGAAAUUCUUUGCAAAGGGUAUCUUUAAAAAACAACAGAUAGGUAAAUAAAAUGCAUAAUCAUAUGGGUGAUGGUUGAGAACUCAAUUCUUCAUAUGAUCCACAGUUUUUAUAAAUAUAUAUUCUAUAUACACAAUUAUUACUUAAGAAACUUUUUAUAGACGGUCUACACACCUAAUUUGAGACAGUUACUUUUUUAUGUCAUUUAUUUUUGGCUUUUUUUUGUUUAUAAUUUGAGUUCCUGACUACUUAACAAUAAACAAACAAUACAAGUAGAUAAAAUGUAAAAAUUUCGACGCAGCGGUUGUAAAUUGUACAUAUUUUAUUCUGAUCUAGGUCCCGUCAUAACCACAAACAUUGUAAUUAACUAAUGACCAAAUCGUUUUGUAAAUGUAUUUGUUUAUAUAGAUUAUUUGUAUACGAUUACUUUAGUAAAAAAGGAUAUAUAUUGAACUGUUUAGGAUUUGAAAGUGGUGUGCAGGCCUACCUUUUUUAAUUAUAUGUAUAUGAUAUUGAAAAAGGCUGUAGCAGCCAGUUUUGUUGAGCUACAAGACUUAUAUAAAACGUGAUAGCAUUUAAUUAGUUAUAAGCCAUUUUUAUGUAUAUAAUUAAAUUUUUAAAUCAUUUUUACUAAAAUAUGUGUUAAACCUACUAUAAUAACUGUAAAGAGAUAAGACGAGAUUAAGUGAUUGUGUGAUAUCCCAGUUGGGUGACCUUUUUAUUAACUAUACCUAUAUUUUAUCUUCGAAGGAUAAACUUUUUCAAACUGACAUUCAUUAAUCGCGUGAUUUUUUCAGCAUAUCAUCAAAUAACAUUUUCAUAGAAGUGAAGACUGAAAUUAUCCAUCAUUAAAAGCUAAAGUUUCGUGUCCAUUUGGACACAAGAUUAUUUUACAUUCUUAAUUAUUUCGUCACCUAUAUUGAUCGUUUCGCAGUGAACUAAUCUCAUUGAUACCAGUAAUUAGGCAUCUAUUUUAAGUUUAAAAUUAAACAUUUACUUAAUUAUAAAAAAUAGCAUUCCUACAUCGCCAGAUCAUUUUCAUCUGUUCAACAGAUACAUUCCAUUCGAAAAUAUUUCAACAAGAGCAAUGUCAGUUUUGGAAAUGGUUUUAUCGAUAAUUUUACGACACUUUCCUGAAACAUCGAAAUGGAAUUCUUAAUUUUUGAUUUUUAAAAUUUAACUUAGGGAUCUUACUUUGUAUCGUUGAGAACUUCUGAUACUAGCGUAUGUGUUUCCAUUUCGAUCGUUAAGUUGACGUAGUUUAACUACUCUAAAUACUCAUAUAGUAGUAAUAAGACAUUUGUACUAAGUGCAGCUAAAAUCAAUGAAAAAAUAUUUUUUUUAAUGUGUUAUUAAAAUUUAAGUAAGUUUUUGUUUGCAAUAAGAUCUCUUAGAAUGGAAAUGGUAUAGAAAUAUUUUAAAACAUGUUUAAGUGCCAUUGAUAGUCUAAUAACUAUUUUAAGUUUUUUGUUAUGUUAUGUGUUACUCAUUUUACACUGCAUUUUAGUAUAUUCGACUUUUAAAGUAAAAAAAAAAAAUGUACGACUGACACGAUAUAUAAUUUGCUUGUAAAGAUUUACUAAGGGUUGGUCAAGUGAUAUUAUGCUAAUUGAAAAAUCAAAAUUUUAAUCCUUAGUAACUCUGUAAGAGUUGUAUCAAAUGUGACAACAGUAGGAACAGAUAGAACCAAAAGACUGGGAUAUUAAUGAACAGGGUUUUUUAAAUUGUCAUGUAAAUGUUUUAGUUAGUGUUUGGACACCUGUGCAUUUUAGUGUCUAUAAAAUGCCCUAAUUUCUGUUCGUGAGACAAUCUCUAAAUCAAAUAUGUUUAUCUUGCAGAUUCGUUUUCGAGUGUGUUUUAUUUGUAUUUUUCAAAAGUAUUAUAAUUUAGUUAACUGAAAAUCUGCAAGAUAAACAUGAACCACUGUUUUAAAAGUUUAUCUGAUGGUAUAUGUGUUUAUAAAUCGAAACUAUUUUGCGUCCAGCGUAUUU